UAUAAAGUGCACAGGUGUUCUCCAUCAUGUACACUGUGGAUUAGUUAAGGUGUGCGUGGCGUGGCUUCUCACUCUGUAGGUGAAGUUUGAUCUGAAAGCAUAUUUUUACUGCAAGCAUGAGUGCUGGAGGAACUCCUUACAUUGGCAGUAAAAUAAGUUUAAUAUCCAAGGCACAGAUUCGUUAUGAGGGCAUUUUGUCUUCUGUGGACACAGACAGGUCCACAGUUGCUUUAGCAAAAGUUAAAUCUUACGGCACUGAAGACCGGCACACAGAUAGACCAGUGCCACCCAAAGAUGAAGUUUAUGAAUUCAUAAUCUUCAGGGGCAGUGACAUAAAAGAUAUUACUGUGUCUGAGCCACCAAAACCACACCAUGGACUUCCUCGGGACCCUGCUAUUGUUCAGUCAUCAAUUGGCAGCUCCUCUGCAAUGUAUCACCCACGCUGGAGUCCUUACAGAGACAUGAUGCCCACCUACAAUCAGCUGGCUGCUAGCUCUCUACUCAACCAGCAGUACAGUGCAGCACUGGGACUAGGACUUUCAGGCCAAGCCAGAAGAGCCCCUAUGGUUGAACAGGCUGUCCAGACCAUGCCUUUGGUCAGUUCUGCACAGAAAAAGGGAAAGACUACAACCCAGCCACAGAACAAACCGCUGGGGCGUCCAGUUCGGCAGGCUGGUGCCCAGGUUCAAAAAGAGAAUAUACCCACCAGACAGGCACCAUCUCAGCCGAGUGCUGCCUCAGCUGAAGGCCAAAAUACUGGAAACCAGAAACUAAGGCAGAGACAAGGCAGCCGCAGGUCCAGGAACAGAAGUAGAGGCCAACUAAUAGUGAAAAACACAAAGGCUUCAACUUUGGCAUUUGAGUCAGAUUUUGAUUUUGAAAGUGCAAAUGCUCAGUUUAAAGAUCUUACAAAGGAAAAUGUUGUUGAGAAGGAGUCUUGGGAGACCCAGGACAGCCCUCCUGAACAGGAGGAGGAACCUCUCAGAGAUAAGUACUAUGACAAAGCCAAGUGUUUCUUUGAUAACAUCUCAUCAGACCUCAAGCCCAGGAGGACCACCUGGGCCGAGGAGAAAAAGUUGAACAUAGAAACAUUUGGAGUUCCUGGUCGCUUCCUGAGAAGCAGAGGAUUCAGGGGGCGUGGACGCAGAGGGCUGAACGCCACUGAGCAGCGAGCGCUUCCAAAAGUUGGUAGUGGCAGAGUGUGAAGGAUUUCCUUUUUGUUAAAACUGUUGUACAUACUGUUCCAACCUCUGCAACAGCACUCAGUGAAGGGGUUUUUUUUUUGUUUUGUUUUUGUUUAUCCCAAAUGCAAAUUUGUAUUUUGGAUCCUUACAUGAAAUAGGAGAGCAGUUUCUUUUAAUCCAGCAACUGUGCACUUAAAGAAGAGAAAAAAGCAGGAAAAAAAAAGCAAUAUUGUUAGUUUGAAACAUGCGAUGUGGAAUUUGUCGUUUUGUGGGGGUUUUUUUUUUUGGUUUUUUUUUUUUUAAAUGUUUGUAUAAAUUUACAUGUACUUGGCUGUCCAAAUGUAAUCCAAAUGGGUUAUGGAAGAGU